ACUGACACCAUCGACACGCGCCACUGUCAAACCUGCCGCUCUAGAGAAUAGAAUCGCCAAGAACGAACCACGAAACGGAUAGAGAGCAGCAGAGGAGAAGAAAAACGUAAAGUAAACUUUAUGCUGGACAGUGGGGCAAAAAGGAUCGAGUGCAAAACGGGGAAUUAGUGACCUGGCACAGCAAGAAACACCUUACCAGCACGGGGAGAAAGUGAUUCGAAGGUGGUGGUGACUACAGGAAACUAGCUGGCACUCCGAAAAAAAAACAAUCCUUUCACCAGCAAACUAUUGUGUUCCUAUUGCACCAGUGGUCGUCGUCGGUCACCCUUGCGAGUAGUUUGUGUGUGUGUGUGUUUUUGCCUUCUACCAUCCACACCCGUUGUUGUCUGCUGCCCAAUUGGAAUUGGAUCGUGUUUCCCUAGGCAUUUGUCGUCGGUCGACAGCACCACCAGUCCGAUUGCCUCUGUCUGUACGCGUUCAAUCCGUCCGUUCCUUUCGCGUUACGUGCCGUGGCCAACAGGGUAUCUCAGGUGUUGUGCGUAGCAAAGUCGGCACUGGAAAUUCGUCCACUAUCUACACCAUCGUAUAGUCCACACGCUUAAUGUGUCAGCAGUGAAUGCUUCAGCGCCGGUGAAUAAGUAACACACUAUUGCAAAGCUCCAAAUUCGAAAGGAGCCCGCCGCCACCGCCGCCAGCAGGUUAACCAUUAACUAUUCAACACACCAAUCGGUCGCUACCUGGUACGCUGCCGCCACCACAACUUCACGCCAAUGUCAGACGAUCAGAGUUCACUAUCCUCGCCAGCAACCACUCCUUCAUCUGCGCGACCCUUCAUGCCACUGCCGCUGGAAUUGAACGGCGAGCGAAGGAAACCGUCCAAGAAGCUCAGCUUUCAAGGAUGCCAGGGUGGGCAGGCACCGAUGAUACCGGACCCGACGCGGGAACGCAUCCGGAUGCAGGCCGCCGCCGGCAAGCUACAGAUCGCACCGAACCAAACGUACGACUUCACCUCGGACGAUCUGCUCGACGAGGGUGAGAUUGGGCGGGGAGCGUUCGGGGCGGUCAACCGGAUGAAGUUCACGCACACCGGCACGGUCAUGGCGGUGAAGCGCAUCCGGUCGACGGUGGACGAAAAGGAACAGAAGCAGCUGCUGAUGGAUCUGGAGGUGGUGAUGAAGUCGAACGACUGCAACACGAUCGUCACGUUUUACGGGGCGCUGUUCAAGGAGGGUGACUGCUGGAUCUGUAUGGAGCUGAUGGACACGUCGCUCGACAAGUUCUACAAGUUUAUCUGCGAGUGCCAGCAAAGCCGCAUCCCGGAACCGAUACUGGCGCAGAUAACGUUUGCGACCGUGCGCGCCCUGAACUAUCUGAAGGAGGAGCUGAACAUCAUCCACCGGGAUGUAAAACCGAGCAAUAUACUGCUGAAGCGAAACGGGGACAUAAAGCUUUGUGAUUUCGGCAUCUCCGGGCAGCUGGUGGAUUCGAUUGCCCGCACGAAGGAUGCUGGGUGCCGACCGUAUAUGGCGCCAGAACGGAUCGAUCCACAGCGGGCCAAAGGGUACGAUGUGCGCAGUGAUGUGUGGUCGCUUGGAAUAACGUUAAUGGAAGUGGCGACCGGUAAAUUCCCGUACCCGAAGUGGGGCUCUGUAUUCGAGCAGCUUUCGCAGGUCGUAGAAGGUGAUCCGCCACGACUCUGUACCACCUAUAACGGGAUGGAAUUUUCUAUCGAUUUUGUAAAUUUUGUAAAUACUUGCUUAAUCAAGGAAGAGCGUGAUCGCCCAAAGUACGGAAAGCUGCUACAGCACGCAUUCAUUCAGCACGCGGAAAAAAGUGACACCGACGUGGCGGCGUACGUGAGCGAAGUGCUGGAAUCGAUGGCUAACAACGGUAUCACACAGUUUACCACCAACCUACCGGCGGAAGGUUGGAACGAAAGUUUCAAUUAGGGGCUGCCCUAAGGAUGAGAGGAUAUAUCGGGCUUACAACCUGUUCGAUAUGGGUUUUUGUUUGUUUUUUUUUCGACGCCUUUUGUCGGACAUUCAGAAGUGUCCGAGUCCAGAGAACAGAACGGCGCCAGCGGAUAUGAUACGGGAAAGGAAAGGGGCGGACAAUAAUGAACCAGCAUUUUGCACAGCGAAUUAGUGAGUAGUUGGGCACUACUGGUUCUGGUGUAGUAACAGUGGCAACAACACAACACACACACACAGAAAACAAACGGAUGAGAUUUUCCAGUACUCCUUCCAGUAAACACUAUCGCCUAGCUCUUUUUAACACACAUACUAAAUUCGGACAAUACACGUGGAUCCUUGAUAAAGGGAGGAUAAUAGACAGCGUUAGGUCCAUUAGUAGUAGAUUAACACAAACAAUUAUUACUGGUACACAUACAAACACACAGACACACACCAUUAGUAUGUAAGUAGCGAAGGAAGCAUUAGUACAUACGCCCCAAAAUUCUACCACAUUUUGUAAUUGUGAAGUAAAAGCCGUGGGUAAAAGCAGGAAUGUGAAACGAGCAUGACGACUGAUUGAAAAAAGCUUAACAAAACAAACAUUCAAACGUAGUUGAACCACUUUCCUACCUAGUUGGUUGUUGUUAGUUGUUGAAAGGAUGAUGAAAGGACAUUUGAUCGAAAGUGAUCCUCGGUUUGGUUUUGUGUUGUGGCUCUUUUUUUUUUUUGUUUGUUCUAUCAAAGCCAUGUUGUGAUGCUGCGGAAUGGUAGUAGAACUAACUAAUUAAUGGUAGAGAUUAGCAGCAGCAGCAGCAGCAACAAAACCACGACGGCAAAACUACUGAACGACGAACUAACUAAAUAGACGACACAAUAAGGAAGAGGAAACAAACAAAGUCUUUAAGCAGAUUUAAAAUACUUUUUACAACAGAACACACCGAACACACACACACACACGUUUGUUAGUAGUAGCAGCAGUAGUAGUAAUUAUAAUAAAGGAACUAGCAAUAGAAGGAUUGUGAAAUGGGUGUGAGAGGUGGUGGUACACACAGGAACACUUGGUACGGCUUCGGGGUUUUUUAGUAGUAGAAUUGAAUUUUUUGAAGCCGCAAACAAUACAGACAGAUGCUGUCGGAGCCCGCUGUCCUGGAUAGAGUCCCCUCAAAUUCUGUAACGUUCAAUGUUAGCUAGCUGUGCUUGAAGGGUGAAUCCAUUUUUGUGCGUUAUUGUUUCCCCCCCAAAACAUUGGUUCGGCGUAGGAUAGAUGGAGCAUCGUUUAUGGCUUUUAUUCCCUUCCAACAAGCCCGUGAGCCGCGUAUAGCCUCCUCUGCAUCACUAUUUAUCUACACGCUUUUCUCUACUAUGGUUGCCUUAUGAAAAGAGAUCAAUAAGUAUCUGUUUGUCUGUGCGUGUGUGUGCGUAUCCGUGUGUGUGAUUGAAGAAAAAGAUAAGAAGGAAGAUUUAAGUUUCACCAUUCCUCGAGCUCUAUCUACGUGAUGUGUGUGCGUGCGUGUUUGGUUGUUAAUCCCAUUCGCGCGAUUGAGACAUUGGUGUGCGCUUUGUGUCACACACGUUCCCCCUUGUGAGCUCGGUCGCCCUAACCCGGGGUUUGGGUAAAAUAAGAUACUACUGCACUAUUUACACGGAACGGGAUUUUAGUAUUAGUACACCGAGCGACAGAAAACACGUACACGCCCAACACACAACACAAUACAAGAGAGCUUUAUCGUAGUUGUUUUGGCGGUGGCGUGCAGUAAGUAGUGUGAGAGAUUUGGGCCGGAUCCUACGCAGGAAUGCAAUUGAGUCAGAGGCGAGGAGGGGUGUAUGUUUUUGUUUGUUUUGUUUCGCAUAAGUUUUAACUGUGAAGAUGAAAUGCUUGAGAUUGAAUAUAUCGAGAGGAGGAGGCAUGGAGCGUCAUUAGUUAUGCUAAUAAAUAAGAUAACGCGUGUAACAGCAGGAGAUAGCACGGGAAGGAACGUCCAGUAAACAAGCAGAGUAUAUUAUUAAUAGGACCGAACUACCGGAACGGAAAAUCGAACACAUUUAACGAACAAUAGGAAAAGUUCAAACACUACCGCAAACAUAAAAAAAACUAUCCUAGAAAGGAAACAUCCAGGUACAGAUACAGAUUGCCACAUCGCCCAUAGGAUUGUCAACAUCACAAGAGCAAACAAAUGUAGUGCAUAAGAGAGAGAGAGAGAGAAAGAGAGGGAAGUAAUACACACCAAUUUACGCAUUUCGUGCAACACGCUCGUGCGUUUGGAGGUCUUAACAAAAAUUAAAUAAAUUGAACAACACAACAUUAAAAUAAAAAAUAAAGAAAAAAAAAACCACAAACACACA